GCGCAAGAAAAAUCAAACUCCUGACUGAAGCGUUCGAGAAUCCCAUGGCGCUUCUUCAAUCUCCAUCGUUUUGCUUCCCUCUCGCCCUUCUCCUUUCUCUCCUUGUAACCUUGUCGCACUGCUUCAACCCCAAGUCGCUUAACUUCUCGAAGGUUCAGUCCGACGGCGAUUGGUCGCCGGCGGGCGCGACGUGGUACGGGAGUGCCAAUGGCGCCGGAAGCGAUGGUGGUGCAUGUGGGUUUGGGAAUGGUGUCGACCAAGCUCCUUUCUCUUCAAUGGUGUCUGCAGGAGGGCCUUCUCUUUUCAAAUCAGGCAAAGGAUGUGGAGCUUGUUACCAGGUGAAAUGCACCGAAAACGCCGCUUGUUCCGGAGACCCGGUGACGGUCGUUAUAACUGAUGAGUGCCCAGGCGGCCCUUGCGUCGCAGAAUCUGCUCAUUUCGAUUUGAGUGGCACGGCUUUCGGAGCCAUGGCGAGCUCCGGCAAGGCCGAUGAACUUCGCAACGCCGGGGUGCUGCAGAUUCAAUACCAAAGAGUAGAGUGCAAUUACCCCGGCAUGAAGGUGACGUUCCACAUCGACUCCGGCUCGAACCCCAACUAUUUCGCCACGCUAAUUGAGUAUGAGGACGGGGACGGCGAGCUCGGCGCUGUCAACCUGAAGCAGGCUCUAGACUCUGACUCUUGGCUUCCAAUGCAACAGUCGUGGGGUGCGGUUUGGAAGCUGGAUGGUGCGGGCCAGCUGCGCGCCCCGUUCUCGAUCAAGCUCACCUCCCUCGACUCCGGCAAGACCCUAGUUGCCAACAACGUGAUUCCAGCCGGGUGGCAGCCCGGACAGACGUACCGGUCCGUCGUCAACUAUGCUGUCUGAGGGUUGUGUGCGGUUUGCCUGGGAGACGAAGAGAUGGAAAUGAUCGUUCAUGGAUUAGGCUGUGUGCGCUUUAUAUGAUUGGCAAAAAUAAAAUAUAGGAUGGUGUGGAAAAAGAAGGUAGUUUGCCUUUUCCCCUCUCUGUGUAGUCUAGCAGCUAUGAGCUACCUCUUGGAAAAGAGAGUAGUAGUGAGAAAUGAAUGAUAUUGUCCUUUCCAAAUCAAGAAUGAUUCGAGUAUUUUUGUUC